UCCUGUCUAGUGAAUGCAAUGUGAAUCUGGUUGUAUUCAUAUUUAUAAACUGCAACUGGUAUAGUUUUAUACCAAGGAUGUGGCAAUGGUCAAUGAAGCUGUUAUAGAUCAAACGGGAGAGCCCAUACCAAAAGACUAGUCUGAUAGGUGGGAGAACCCAUUAACGUUUCUCUAUUUAUCCGAUGAAGGACAAUUGGCACAUAACAGAAGCUGGUGAAAUUGGAGCUCUAUUUAGCCCCAGCAAAAACCAAAAAGAAUAUUUUCCCACUAAUGCUUUGUAGAAAUAGAGAGAAUCAGAUGCCAAACUACACGCACCACUUGCAUGGCAUAUAUAUCUAAUUGCCUUCUUUAUAUCCAUACACCACACAAUAUUGAUCAAAAGGAGCUGCCUUAUCUUCCAAAAGAAUAUCAACUUUUUCACUUUCUGGAAAUAUAUCCUCAAUGAAAAUCUUUUUUCCCUAGAGGGGUCACUCUUUUUUCUUCAUUCUUUUUUGGGGAACUUACUAAAAGAGUAAACUUUUGAGGCAAGGGUAACAAAGGAUGGGAAUUCACUAGAGAAAAAAACUAUAUUCAAUGGAGCAGGAGGAAUCUUUAAGCAGGAGAGGCAAUUUUCCUACAACUGAUAAGAGGCUUUUGGCCAUAGGCAUUGGACUUGUGGCUGUCAUCUCUCCUCUAUACAUUGACAGUAGAAAAAAAGCUAGUGAAUCCCAGCUUGAAGAACAAACCAUAAACUUCUUUCCCUAUCUUCCACUGCUCUUGUUGAUCACCCUCAUCAUGAGCAUAAGUAUUUCUCAUCAACUGGCCUGGUUCUCAUCGUAUGAUCACAGGCUUAUAGCUAUAGGUCUUACGCUUGUUGCCAUACUCUCACCUCUGUACAUCGACAGGAGAAAGUUAGUCGAUCCAGAGCUUGAAGAGCAAUCACUUGGUAUCUCUUCUUACUUGCCAUUGCUCAUGUUGUUUCUCAUCAUAGCCAUUGCUAUGUCAUGCUACUUGGACCAGAGCUUUACCAGGUUCGACCCUUAUUGGAUUCACAGGGUUGGUGGUUCUUCCAUUGGGAUUCUCAUUCUUCUCCUUGUUCUUGCAUUUGUUUUGAAGUUUAAAGCUCCCUAGCAUAAAUAAACCAAGGGGCUAAAAUACAUGUACCUUGUAUGCUUCUGUUAUACUGUUCAUGCAUCAACGAACAUUUAAGUAAAACCAACUCAAAAGACUUGAUUCACCAAUCCUGUUCUUCACUGCAAGGAAACGACCAAUCAUGUAUUUGAUGGUUUUACAUCCAUCGAUAAUUUAUGAGCAUAUUUUUUAUAAA